AUGGACGUGCUGCUUCCACUGCUUAAGAGGAAAAACACAGCGCAUCAUCAGUUCAAGCCCCGAGCAACCUGUGCCAGCCAUGACCUGCUGAAGGCAGUUAGAAACUCGAACCAGCAGCUUGCCAGGUGGGUCGAGCACUACUCAGAACUGUAUUCUGAACCCCGGCCCAUCAAAAAGGAAGCCAUAGAAGGCACUCCCAGCUUUCCAGAAGUGCAGCAGCUGGAUGCCAUGCCGACUAUGGUCGAUUUGAUAGCUUCCCUGAAAAGUACCCCAAGCGGGAAAGUGCCCGGACAGGACGCCAUUCCUGCUGAUCUGCUCAAGUGUGACGAAGACCUCCUUCCCUAUAUCUACAAAAUCCUCUGCAAGUCCUGUUUAGAAGGUGCUUUUCCAAAGGACCUGCGCGAUGCAAAGAUCACGAAACUCUACAAAAACAAAGGAGACAAGGGAGAUUGCAACAACUAUAGAGGCAUCUCACUCCUAAGUGUGACCGGAAAGGUGUUCCCGAGAGUCCUACUAGCACGCCUUCAAGCUCUUGUGAAUAGGGUGUAUCCCGAGUCGCAGUGCAGUUUCCGAUCAAACAGGUCCACAGCGGACAUGAUCUUCUCUCUCAGAUUCAAGAGAAGUGCAGAGAACAACAUCGUCUCCUGCACAUGGCUUUUUUGUUGA